AUGGAUCAAGGCAUAAUUCGAGUGAUUAAAUCAACUUUUCGGAAAACCCUUGUACUUAAAAUAAUCAGCAAUAUGGAUGAAAACAAAGAUGAAAAUUACCCGAAAAUAACCAUACUUGAUGCCAUUUUAAKGAUAAAUGAUGCAUGGCAACAACUUUCACCAUUGACAAUUGCGAAUUGUUUUAAGCAUUCUGGGCUUGCAGAAGAAAAUUUAGAUGGUUCCAGCAGCUCWUGCUCAAAUGCUAUUGAAAUCGAAGAUGACAUUCCUCUAUCGGUUUGGGCAAGAGCUCUAAAAAAUCAGCUACCGAUUUCAAAGGAAGAACUGGAUAAAUAUGUUCUUAUUGACAAUGAUGUGGCGACUUGUGAGGAACCUUCGGAAGACAGAAUUGUUGAAAAUAUAUUAGAUGAUGAACAGAAUAGCGACGACAACGUGGAAGAUCGAAAUGAAGAUGAGUCAGCACCUAGCGUUUUGGAGGCACUGAAGGCUGCAGAACUACUAAAUAGAUUUGUCCAUUCGAAUUUUAAUGACGACAAGGUAUCACUAUCACUGCACAACUUGGUCACUUUCACGAUAUAUUUAGGCGAAGACCGAAAACCGAACGAUUUAUAG